AUGCCUCCUUUUGCCCGUCCGCCCCCAAGCACCCAGUAUGCACAGCUGUCUUUUCCAAGCACGCACGUUCUACUGGUGACUCUCAAUCGACCGCGCGAUCUGAAUUGUAUCAACUCGCAGGGUCAUGCAGAGUUGCACGAUGUCUGGGAAUGGAUGGAUGACGAACCGAGUCUGCGAGUCGGGAUCUUGACCGGCAAGGGACGAGCUUUCUGUGCCGGGGCUGAUCUGAAAGGUAUAUCACGUCUGAUAAUGAACCCCCCAUCUCGAGCAUCUCGCUCGGAAAGUUCCUCCUCGAGAAAUCCACCUUUUUCCGUGUCCCCCCUUCUAGUUCCCAUGAAUAUAGUUCAAGCUAAACCAAUCGAAUCCCCAGAAUGGAACAACAGCGCUCAAGCAUCCACCUCCAAAUCCCCCAUGCCAGUCUCCGGCUUCGGCGGCCUUUCUCGCCGCAAAGGCCGCAAGCCGAUCAUCUGCGCCAUCAACGGCCUCUGUUUCGGCGGCGGCACCGAAAUGAUCAUCAACGCAGAUCUCGUCAUUGCAUCCUCGCUCGCCAAGAUGGGUCUUCCCGAGGUGAAGCGAGGCGUUGUCGCGCUUGCGGGCGCUCUACCCCGUCUUAUCCGGACGAUCGGCCGACAGCGCGCCAUGGAAAUGGCGCUGACGGGCCGCGCGUAUACGGCGGAGCAGGCGGAGCGGUGGGGGUUACUUAACGAGGUGGUUAGUGUUGGGGAUUGUGUGGUGGACGGCAAGCCUGACGAUGAGGCGGUGUCGGAGAGAGUAGUUGGCAGGGCGGUGCAGAUUGCGAUUGAGAUUGCGGAGAAUAGUCCCGAUGCUGUGCUGGUGACGAGGGAGGGUGUCAAGUUGGGGUGGGAGGGGAUUGGGGCUGAGGAGGCGACGGGCUUGUUGAACGAGACUUGGGUGCGGCGGUUGUAUGAGGGGGAGAAUAUCAAGGAGGGACUGAAGGCCUUUGUGGAGAAGAGAAAGCCGAAUUGGAGGGACAGUAAGUUGUAG